AUGGCACUGGAUGUAGCUGGCGUGAAUACCUACACAGAGGAGCUAGGAAGUACUCCCAGGUCCUGCCGGUCAGACAUGGGCAAAAUGCCCGGUGCUCGCUUUGCAGAACAGGUGCCUUUGAACUUCUUACUGUUUCUCCAUCGGCUAGCAGAAGAAGCCAGGACAAAUGCUUUUGAGAACAAAAGUAAAAUAAUUAAACCUGAGCACGCUAUAGCUGCAGCAAAGGUUAUUUUAAAGAAAAGCAGAGGCUAGAAAACAGACCACUGGAAUUUCAAAGCAUGUUUUUCUGUGUUUUCUUACUAAUGUGCAAUCCUGUGAGCCAGCUCUUACACUUGUGGAAGUAUUUAGUUUUACUGAUGUCUGUCUCCUGACUCUGAGUAUCUUGCUGUUUCUUUAAAAAAAAAAAAAAAAUUUUACAAUAUAUUUUCAUACACUUCAUGCAUAAUUUUAAAAUGUGUGUCACUCAUCAUCAGAGACGCUUGAUGUAUCUUAUUUCUUCCAUAAUAAUGCAAGAAAUAUACCUAUACCAUAGUCACUUUUCAGGUACAACAUGUCAUUAUUAGAAGUGUGAAACUUUUAAAGAAGAACAGUAAUAAAAAUGCAGGUUUCACUGAAUACAUUAUAGAUUAUGCAGAUUUACUAGCUAAACAAAAUCUUGGCUUCAAUUUAUUUAUAGAUGUCUUAAUUUUUUUUAAAUUACUUUGUAAAGUAGGCUAAAACUUCCAUGUUCUGGGGAAAGAAUACAUAUUUUGUAUUUUUAAAUCAUGUUCUGAGCUGUUAAGCUGGCACAUUGUUUGAUGCGAUGUAUGAGAUGAGUUGGUGGUCUCGAAUUCAGUUGGUGUGGACAGAUGCACGUUAUGGAAAAGAAAAGAUUUGGCACAGCUGAUGUUUUUGAAGUUAGAUCCUGUACAAAUAGUGAAGAUAAGUUGGCAUGAGUGUCAAGCUACUUCCUCCUCCCUUUUGACUGUCAUCCUAACUUGUCAGAAGUCUGGAA